UCAAGUAAUAAACUAAUAACAGUAAUAACCGUUUUUUUUUCAUAAUCGAUGCUUUAGUCAACUCGGCAACAACUCUGUCUUUCACCGUAACUCGUAAGGCUUUAAUGUUUAAAUAUAAUCAAUGAGUUAAAAACAUAAAAAAAUGAAGAAGGCAUCUUUUGGAAGACGUUCGUCAGCCACUGGGCGAAAUACUUUUGGUGGUUCCACAUUUGGAAGACAAAAUUCAUUUGAUGGCAAUGAUAUAAGAUUGAGUCGUCGAGAAAGUCGUGGUAUGGAAAAAAAAUCAAUGCUUUUGAAACCUGGAUUUUCAGCAAAAAAAAAAUCUGCCUCAUCAGAAAAUUUAUCCGCACAUGAUCCAAAGCAAUGGUUAUCAACAGUGAAGAAACCAGCCAAUCAACAAAGAAAUACUUUAGUUCGUUCAACUACAUCUAUGAAUAUUACUGGUAUUAAUUUAGUUGCAUCUACACCAUGUGUUACACCUGGACUUAAUCCAAAUUUACCUGGAAUGAAUACUAGUUAUAAGAAUCGAAGGUUAAGCUCUGAAUCACGUUAUAGUAAUUAUGGUGUAGUUAAAAAUAGAAAAGAAGUUCGGCCAUUGACUGAAAAAGACUUUCAACAAGCAGCUAUACAUAAAAUUCAAAACUAUUUUUUGACUGCUCCUAAUGCAAGUCACAUUUUGAACAACGGUAGUAUGAAGCCAAUGACAACUACUAUGUUUACCGAUAUGUGCGAGUAUUUAUUACAUAAACUUGACAGAAAUCAAGUAUUAAAUAAAAGCAAAUAUAUGGAAGAAUUACCUAAAAUUAUGAAGAAGUACUAUUAUAAAGGAAAAGUUGAUAAAUCAUGGCUGAUUACUGUAAAUGCUAGCCAUUCUUUUCCACAAGUAGUUGGUUUACUUCUUUGGUUAGUGGAAUUAUGUGAAACUCAAAAUCGAUUCAACGUUAUGGAUACAUUGUAUCCAACAAUUCUUGAUCCGGAUGAGUCUGAAGAUGAAGAUUAUGAACAAACAGUUGAAUUUAAGAUGUAUUUGCCGUUUUUAUUAAAUUCAUAUCAAGUUGAGAGUAGAGGAUCUGGUAAACCAGCAGAUCAAGAAUUCUUAAAGAAACAAGAAGAGCUCUUACUAGAAAAUUAUAAAAAUACACUCGGUAUUGAUGAGGAAGCUUUGAUCAAAUUGGAGGCAGAACUUAAUAGUCAUAAAGAAGAGUUGGAUUUACUAAAUGACCUUACUGAAGAACAAAAAUUAGAGGAAAUGAAAGCUAUGAAAGUUGCAUUACAAAAAGAUAUUGUGAACUCAAAAAAAUAUAUUAAAGAUUUACAAACUUGUCAUGGAGAAGUGCUAGAAUAUAUUUCAAAGAAAAAAGAUGAACGUGUUUUUCAAGAAAAAGAUAUUGAAAACUUACAAAGGGAAUUGAAUGUGGUCAAAAGUUGUAUUAAUGGUCAACAAAUUACUCAAGAUGAUAAGAAAAUUAUUGAAGAAGAUAUUAUUAGUCUGAAACAAGACAUACAAUAUGAAGCAAAUUGCUUAGAAGAAUACUCAAAUAUAGUCUACUCUGAAGAUUUAAAUGUUGUUGAUGUUAGAUUAAAACUGGACAAAUUAUUCGUUCAAUACAAUAAAAUGUGUGCUGAAAAUAUUGUUGUAUUACCUGAACUUGAAAAUGCAAUAGCGGAUAAAAAUGUACUUGCUUUACAUAUAAGAGAGUCUUUGAAAGAAGUUGAUGAAUUAUUGAAAGGUUUAAAAAACAAAAAUGUUGAAAAACUGAAAGAAGUUGAACACAAAAUUGCUUCUAUAAGAAUAGAACUAGAUUCAGCUGAGCUAGAGUAUAACAAAUUGAAGAAAAUAGCUGAAAAAUUGGACCCUGAACGUGAAGCUGAUAAAAAACGUUUGUUAGUAAUCACUGAUCGUCAGUUUGAGGCUAAACAAGAGCAUGAAAAUAAGUUGUAUGAGAUUCAAGCUGAAAUAAAAAGUAUUAAUCUUGAUAACACUGAGGUUAAAGUUAAAACAGAAGAAAAAAAUAAUUUAUGCCAGCAGAUUAGUGAAAUGGAGGAAGAAAAGAAUUACAUUUAUACAAAGACCUUUAACUCUUUGAAAAAACAUGGAGAACUCAUUGAGGAAACCAAAGAGUUAGUUAAGAAACUUAGUGACCAGCAAUUACAAAGUAUGCAGUCUAUUAAAAGCAAUUAUAUCCAACAAAUAAAUUUAUAAUUUGUAUGCCAUAGAAUAUUUAUGUAUAUUUAUAUAGGUUGA